AUGUCGAAGUACAUGUACGGGACGUGCGGAACGUUCGCGAAGAAGAAUGAGGAUCACUGGUGCUCGCGCGAGGUGUCGAAGCGAGAGUGGGCGUUCGACGACGAGGUGUGCGUGGCCACGGACGCGGACGUGUGUUGCGUCGGGGACGAGGGGUCGAUCGCGGGAGUCGCCGUUGGAACCAUCAUCGGCAUCGCGCUCGUGGUGACCCUGUGCGCGUGGUGCUGUAAGUGCUGUUGCUUUUCGUACAGAAACGCGCCGCGCGUCGUGGCGUACGCGCAGGGCGGACAACACGCGCAGACGGGCGGGGGACAAGUGCAGUACGCGACGCCGAAUCCGGGUGGAGGAGGUGCUACGCCGUAUUCUACGUCGUAUUUUCCGAACGCGCCGUCGACGGCCGUGGCGUACGGGCACCCCGUCCAGGGGUUACCGCAACAACGUCCCGGGCAGCAACCGCCCACCGUCAUUUACGUACAACAGCCGCAGCAGGCGGCGCAGUAUCAACAACAACAGUCGCAGUAUCCGCAGUACGAACAACGGUCGCAGUACCCGGCGGUGUAG